UUUUCAUACCAUAAAUGAAUAAAAUGGACAUACUUAGCAUCUUACUGCUACAGGAGAUUUUUGCUUCGUUUCAUUAUAAUAGUUUUACUAAAAAUAAAUGCAUAGCUUAAAGAAGUCAAACUAAUCUUAAUCAUAAUUCCUCAAUCAAUCUGGAAAAAACGAUGAAGAAUCAAGAAAUGUCUGAUACAAUGACUGGUCUGAAAUUAGACUGAAAAGACUGAAAUAGAAAUGAACAAGUAAACUAGUUCCAGUCCCUUUCAAACAUUCUUAUUUUCAAUAUGGCUGCCGCAGCCGAAGAAGUGGCUAAUAAUAAUCCUUUGAGUAAAACUUUUGACAGCAAAGCCAGUGCCGAUCUAGAGAGAGUAACUGAUUACGAAGAAGACAAAGAAAUAAGUCCAGUCAAUAUUGGAAGUGCAAUAUCGUUUGUGGAUGAUACUUACUCAAAAGAAAAAGCAGCCAAAGCUGAAAGAGAGAAAGAACUGGCAAAGGUUUCUAUAAAAAAAGAGGAUGUUGUUUUGAUCAUGAAAGAAAUGGAGAUCUCUAAAUCAGCAGCAGAAUGGAGUCUGAGAAGUAAUGGCGGUGAUGUAGUCAGAGCUUUGAUAUCAUUGACAAACUAGGAAAGGUUUUGUAUUUAAUCUUAUGUGUGCUAGUAUUGCAAAGGUAAAGGAUAAGGCUUGUGACAGAGAAACUAUGAAACUCUGCAUUUGAAACCAUGGAAAUCAUUUGAUGUAAUAUUUAUCUUUUUCAAAAUGAAUUUGUGCGCAUUUGCAUUGCGAACCAUUCAUGUUUAAAAAUUUUGUUUUGUUUUUUUCUUAAAUCAAAUCCAACUGAUGAUUUCAAGUGAUUUAAUGUGCGUGAUGUUUAUUUAUUCACAGAAAUGUACAUUUUUUGUUUUGUUGCAUUUUCACGAAAUUGUCAUAGAUGAUUUCCUCAUUAAAACUUUAUCUCUAUA